GUGUGUCUAGCUUUACUUGACAAUGUGAAGGUCAACAAAAAGCAACUAAGUAUUGCAAUGUGGUAAAAAAAAUUUUUUUUUUUAAUUGCAUGCUUGAAAACGACAACAAAUAAACCAUGGGGAAGAAUAAAUUCAAAUCAAUUAUGCCUGGAGCAUCUCGAGAGGAACUGAUGGUAAUGACAGUUACAGAGAUUGUCAACCAGUUGAUCCAAGCCCACAACCAAGGAAAAGAUGUCAAUCUUAACAGAAUCAAAAGCAAAAUUUCCUCAAAGUAUGGACUUUCAAGUCAGCCAAGAUUGGUGGAUAUCAUAGCAGCAGUACCACAGGAGUACAAAAAAAUUCUUCUGCCAAAGUUGAAAGCCAAACCAGUUCGCACUGCUAGUGGGAUAGCUGUGGUAGCAGUUAUGUGCAAGCCACAUAGAUGUCCACAUAUCGCCAUGACUGGAAACAUCUGUGUAUACUGUCCAGGAGGCCCUGACUCAGAUUUUGAAUACUCCACACAAUCUUAUACAGGAUAUGAGCCUACUUCAAUGCGAGCCAUCAGAGCCAGAUACAAUCCAUAUCUACAAACAAGACACAGAGUAGAGCAGCUAAAACAGCUGGGCCAUAGUGUGGACAAGGUGGAGUUCAUUGUGAUGGGGGGCACAUUUAUGAGUCUGGCAGAUGAUUACAGGGACUUCUUUAUCAGAAACUUACAUGAUGCGCUAUCUGGACAUACAAGCAGUGGUGUGGAUGAGGCAGUCAAAUAUUCAGAGAAAAGUAUGACAAAAUGCAUUGGUAUAACUAUCGAGACACGGCCUGAUUACUGUCUUCGUAAACACAUCAGUGAUAUGCUUCGGUAUGGAUGUACUAGGCUGGAGAUUGGAGUUCAGAGUGUGUAUGAAGAUGUGGCUCGGGAUACGAACAGAGGACACACAGUCAAGGCAGUGACAGAGUCCUUUCAGAUGGCUAAGGAUGCUGGUUUUAAGGUGGUGGCUCAUAUGAUGCCAGAUCUGCCCAAUGUUGGCUGGGAGAGAGAUGUAGAACAGUUCAUUGAAUUCUUUGAAAACCCAGCAUUCAGAGCAGAUGGCCUCAAAAUAUACCCUACCCUGGUCAUCCGAGGAACAGGUUUAUAUGAAUUAUGGAAGACUGGUAGAUACAAAAGUUACCCCCCUAGUGGCCUCAUAGAUCUGAUUGCCAGAAUUCUAGCUCUUGUUCCUCCAUGGACACGAGUCUAUAGAGUCCAGAGAGAUAUUCCAAUGCCUUUGGUGAGUUCUGGAGUUGAACAUGGAAAUUUACGAGAGCUAGCUUUGGCUAGGAUGAAGGAUCUUGGGACUCAUUGUCGGGAUGUCAGAACACGGGAAGUGGGGAUUCAGGAAAUACACAACAAAGUCAAGCCGUAUGAGGCUGAAUUAAUCAGAAGAGAUUACUGUGCUAAUGGAGGAUGGGAGACAUUCUUGUCAUAUGAAGACCCCGAGCAGGAUAUUCUGAUAGGUUUACUCAGAUUACGCAAAUGUUCACCCGACACAUUCCGAUCAGAACUGAAGUCUGGCUGUUCCAUUGUAAGGGAACUCCAUGUCUACGGCAGUGUAGUGCCAGUCCAUGCUAGGGAUCCCACUAAAUUCCAGCAUCAGGGUUUUGGAAUGUUGCUGAUGGAAGAAGCUGAGAGAAUAGCCAGAGAGGAACAUGGAUCUUCUAAAAUAGCUGUGAUAUCAGGUGUGGGCACAAGAAAUUAUUACAGGAAGAUUGGGUACGAACUAGAUGGACCUUACAUGUCGAAGUCACUUGUUUGAAUAAAGACUGACCAUUCUAA